CUAACAAACUUCAAGGUGAUGCCGGAUGGCCUGUCACAUAAAAUCCUUAUCUGUGGAGAUGUUAAAGGGAGAGUCAGUGCACUUUGCUCAAGGGUUUCUAAGGUUAUGAAAGCUGCUGGACAGUUCGAUAUGAUGUUUUGUUUAGGAGACUUUUUUGGAACUCAAACUGAAGAAAUACAAAAGCUGAUCGAUGGAAGCUUAUCAGUUCCCCUUCCUACUUAUAUCGUGUCCCCAUACACAGAAAUCGCUCGAAAGUUUUGUCAGGUGGAAUCUGGUUGUGAGCUUUGCAGUAACCUCACGUAUUUGGGGUCCAAAGGUACAUACACAACGAUGAGUGGUCUACGUGUAGUAUACAUGGCUGAAUGGGAAUCUGAUUCCGACAACUGUAACCUGCCAUCUAGCUUACUCAGUGAGGCUCUUGCAGCAGAAGGCUACGGAUUUAUGGGUGUUGACCUCUUACUCACUUGUCAGUGGCCGAAAUAUGUUAAUAAGCUAACUACUUUUGAACUUCCUGACGGUUGUCAGCAGUGUAUCGACUUUUCGUCCAUUUUAAUUUCUCGAUUGGCUUAUCUUACUCGACCAAGGUACCAUUUUUCAUGUGGUAAUGGUGUAUAUUACGAGAGAUCACCAUACAGAAAUCAUCGUGUUUUACAAGAAAAAGCUUGUCAUACUACACGUUUUAUAGCCUUGGCAGAUGUGAAAAAUGAACGUAAUCAAAAGUAUUUAUAUGCCCUAAAAUUAAUCCCCAUUGAUAAAAUGGAUCAUCAAGAUUUAAUAAAUCAACCUCCAGAUGUAACAGAAAAUCCAUAUCGUGAAUUUGUUGACCAAAAACAUUCUGCAGACAGAGAAACGGAAGUACAAACUGACCAAUAUUUUUAUAACAUGGAUACAGAGAAAAAUUCAGAAACUCGUACAAAGAAAUCCAUUUAUCAAAAGCACAAAAUCAACACUGAUACAUUGGAAGAAGAUACAGAUAACAUCAAACGUCAACUUGUUGAUAAAAGCGUAAGUAGUGAAGAAAGUUUUCAAGAAAAAAUCAAUAAAAAUCGAAAUCAUGCAGCUUGUUGGUUUUGUUUAGGUAAUCCACAAGUGAAAAAGCAUUUAAUUGUUAGUAUUGGUAGUCAAGCUUAUGUUGCUUUACCACGUGGUCCUAUUGUAUCAGAUCAUGCAUUAAUUUUAACUAUUGGUCAUCAUCAAAAUUGGAUUGCUUGUCCAGAAUAUGUUCGUUCAGAAAUUGAAGAAUAUAAAUCUCGAUUAAAACGUAUGUAUGCUGCACAAGGCAAAGCAAUGGUAACAUUUGAACGUAAUUUAAAAACUCAACACUAUCAAUUACAAGUUGUUCCUGUACCAUUUUCAGUUGCAGCAGAGGUGAAGCAAGUAUUUCUCGAGUUAUCUGCCAAUACUGAUUAUAGUCCUUGUGAACUGAAACCAGUUCCUCGACGAACAGAAUUAGAUGAAAUUUGUAGAAUUGGAAUUCCAUAUUUUUUUGUUGAACUCCCUACUGGUGAGAAACUUUUCGGACGAAUUCCAAAAGAUCGUAUUUCCACAGCGAAUUUACAAUUUGGUCGUAUUGUUCUAACAGAUCCACGUAUUUUAAAUUGUCCAGAAAAAGCCGACUGGCAUGAUUGUACAGAUGAGGAGGAUGAAGAAAGUGUUUUAGCUCAACAAUUUCGUCAAAUGUUUUCACCUUAUGAUAAAGAUGAGGAUGAUAAUGAUAAUGAUAAUGAUGAUGAUACUACUGAAUAAACAAAACAACAGAAUCGUUAUGAGUAGUAUUAUUAUUUUUUUUUAAAAAAAAGUUUUGUUUUCACACAUAGCAUUUUAUUUUCUGAUUAUGUUUUUUGUUUGUUUAUAUUGAGAGUCAAUUAUUGGGUUUUCUUUUCUUUUGUUUUUGAAAUGAAAGAAAGAAGUUGUAUAGUUUUUGUACA